AUGGAGGCUGAGACCCUUCCAAAGUGGUGUCACAGCACCCGGAGGACAGUGCCACCGUGUCACCGGGAGGACAGGGCUGACCCCUCCAAGCUGGUGUCACAGCACCUGGAGGACAGGGCUGACCUCUCCAAACUGGUGUCACAGCACCUAGAGGAGACGGCUGACCUCUCUGACCUCUCCAAACUGGUGUCACAGCACUCGGAGGACAGGGCUGACCUCUCCAAAGUGGUGUCACAGCACUUGGAGGACAGGGCUGACCUCUCCAAACUGGUGUCACAGCACCCGGAGGACAGGGCUGACCCCUCCAAACUGGUGUCACAGCACCUGGAGGACAGACGCCCCCCCGGGAGCGAGGGCCGGAGGGCUCGGGACGCGUCCGAGGGGACCCGCAUUAGCCAGGACCUGGUGGGGGGCAGCCUGGCCAUCGACACSCUGCCGCCCAACGAGACCCGCAUCGUGGAGGACAAUCACAGCUAUUAYGUGUCGCGGAUCUACGGCCCGGCGGAGGCGCGGCGCCGGGGGCUCUGGGUGGACAUGGCAGCGGCCAACAGGAGCCAAGUGAAGGUGCACGGGAUCCUCUCCAACACUCACCGGCAGGCCUCGGUGAGCGCCGGGCUGUCCCCGUGUGCCCGCUCCCGGCAGGGAUUGUCCCAGGGUUUCAUCUUCACGGGGGAUGUCAUCCACCGCAUGCUCACGGCCACCCAGUACGUGGCCCCGCUGAUGGCCAACUUCAACCCCAGCCACUCCCGCAACUCCACGGUGCAGUACCUGGACAAUGGGACGGUGUUCGUGGUGCAGUGGGACAAGGUCUAYCUGCAGGGCAAGGAGGACCUGGGCAGCUUCACCUUCCAGGCCGCCCUGCACAGCAGCGGCAGGAUCGUUUUUGGCUACAAGGAGAUCCCGGUGCCGGUGCUGCAGAUCAGCGCUGCCCAGCACCCCGUCAAAGCCGGGCUCUCGGACGCUUUCAUGGUCCUCAACCCUUCCCCCGACGUGCCCGAAUCGCGGCGCCGGACCAUCUACGAGUACCACCGCGUGGAGCUGGACACCAGCCGGAUCGCCAGCCUGACCGCCGUGGAGUUCACCCCGCUGCCCA